CGGGAGGUGUCAGUGGCCCUAUAAAACAACAACAACAAUAACAACACCUAUUGGUUUGCCCAGGAUGAACACAGGACUUCAGAGACCAGAGAGCCAUCGUCCAGUGUUAGAGUGCAACGCUCCCUCAGUUUUACCUAGAGGCAACCCAAAGAAAAAAAUGCAUUUGCCAUCAAUUGUGCCCAGACUGUAAUGAUGAACCACCAAACCACAACUUUCCAGCCGUCUUGGCAAAAAAAAAAGAUCAUCACUACGUUAUCUACAGAAGAUGAAGUGUGUCCGUUCUGUUGUCGGCGUUCCACAAGUUUCCUGAGUAAAUUUUCUUGUUUUUCAAAAAGAAAUUUAAUGUUUAAAUAAUAGGCAUCUUAUGUUUGGUAAUUAUAGUAUACAAUCGAAGUGACAGUUUAAUUUGCCAUUUAUAAUGGAUGAACAUUUUCGGUGGGAUUAUUUGUUUACAACAUUUAAUAUAUGUAUAAAAAUCAACAUAGGUAUAGUUAUAGCACAUCUUUGUAAGUAUCAAGUGUAGAUGCUGCCAUAAAAUACUAUUGGAAACCUGGAAGCUAUUGAGUCUAUAUAUAGCAUUUCAAUGGAACACACUGAAGCGCCGUGUCAAAAACACUUGUACAAACAUAAAACACAGUGCUUGUGCAAGCCUGAAGAGCAGUGUCAAAAAACCUGUGUGAUCCCACUAACAGUUCUUAUAAAUGCAAUGAAUGUAGUGCUUGUUUCAGUCGCUACACGCUCCUCACAGCCCAUCAAAAGAAACACAGGGAAGGUCCACCAUAUAUUUGUGAUGACUGUAGCCACAGCUUUGAAAAUGAAGAUGACUGGUUAGACCACAAAGAAGUUGGAUGCACAGCAAAAGAUGUAAAACGUAUGCAAUCCCAACGAUUGUAUUAUGAUGUAAGGUGGAAAAAUGCAUGCAACAGAGUACGUGAGGAAAAACGCCACAAAUGUCACCAUUGCUCGAAGUCUUUUAAAUCCGUGGCCACAAGAAACGACCAUGAGAGAAAUAUACAUAAAGGAUUACGGCCCCAUAACUGUGAUGAAUGUGGAAAGCAGUUCUAUAGGAAGUUUAACCUUGCUGUGCAUAAAAGGAAGCAUAGCUCAGAUCGUCCAUAUGAAUGCAAAAUAUGUCACAAAAGAUUUAAGGCUUCUGUUAAUGUUAAGAUACAUAUGGAGAUUCAUUCAGACAGAAAACCAUACAUGUGUGAAAAUUGUGGAAAGGUGUUUAAAACUCUCACUGUCUUAGAGGGUCAUCGUACAAUUCACACAGGGGAAGCCAAGUUCAUGUGUACUGUAUGUGGCAAGUGCUACCGCUACAGAGCAUCAUUGUUCAUACACAUGCGUACUCACACUGGACAAAGGCCUUUUAAUUGUACUCAUUGUAGUGCCUCAUUCAUGGUUAAAAGUCACCUCACAGAACACUUAAGAAUACACACAGGUGAACGCCCCUUUGAGUGUGAGUUCUGCUCUGCACGCUUUUCAAGAUCUAUCAGUCUGAAAAAGCAUUUAAAAUCCCAUAUACGAGCAGGACUUGAAAUCAAUUUGGAUAGAGCAAUGUACAAUGCUAAGAUACAAGCACACAUUACUCCCAGAGAGUCUUGCCUUGUUGCAAGUGAUGAUCUCCAGAUGAUCCCAAAAGUGCCACAUGACAUUAAGGACAGUAAAUUUGUCUUGAAAAAGAAACACGACUCAAUUAAAUCUUUUAAAGAGAGCAUAAUAUUAUAUACUGAUCUGGCCAAAGAGGAAGAGGCUUUGCUUGUCACAUUAACAAGCAUUGGAGACGGAAGCACGUGUGUCCAUAAAAUUAACAGACUAGUAACACUCUCAAACAGAUCACAAGAAUCCAUAAUAAAAAUUAAGAAUUCUGAGGAAGUUAGUAGCAUCAGUCAGGAUCAGGAAGUGCUACUUAUGAACAGUUUUGAGAACAAUGAGAGAUUUCAUUUUGCAGAUUUGCCUCAAGUUGGUAAUAGCCAAGAGGAUGUUGAUACAUUACCUGUCAUGUGCCUGCCUGAUACCUCUUGUAGCAGGAAUGCUACUGAAGAACCUGUGAUACCUGACCAUUUAUCAAAUUAUGAAUGUUAUACAGAGAAGGCAAGUAUAGAUUCUCAGUUAUGCAGUGAGUGGAUAGUACCCCAGAAUGUUAUUAAUAAUGCAGUACCUAGGUCUGAUGCUAUCAGUGACUUAUGCCCGACAUCCGUCCAACAAGAAGAUAUGCAAAUUUAUGGCAUGGAUUCUGUGAGACAGGAAAGCAUUAUCACCUUUUCUUCAGCUACAGAAAUAGAAUAUGUUGAUUCAGAAUACAGUGGGAAGACUACUGGUACAAGCCUUAAUAAUAUAUCUUUCAAAAAUGAAGAGGAGAUACUCAUGGAUAAUAAAAUUAAAACUAUCUUAUUAAAUCAAGAUAUUUCAAUUGUUAGUGACAUAAAUAGUGGUGAUGGAGAGAAACCAUCUAAUACUAGUCAAUUACUUGCUCAGUUAGAUGAAUCCCAAACUGCACAUGCACCUCAUGGUAAUACAACAGUCCGACGUCACAAGAAUAAAAGAAAACCCCUGAGGAAAUGCCGAUACUGUGAUGUAUCAUACAGAUAUGUUACCCUGCUUGAAGCUCAUGAAGCCAAGCAUGAGUUGCAAACCAAACAAUCUGUGAUUUCAGUAAGCGAAAAUGAAUCUGGGAAGAUGUCCACAGGGCAUCGUGUUCCCCCAUCCCAGCAACAGCAUUAUCUAUAUCAGUCCACCAGCCAAGAAGAUUUACCUUUCAAGUGUGAAAAAUGCAACUCUUCUUUUUCAUUUAGGAGUGAGCUUAGAAAUCACGUAAAAUUGCAUUCUAGGAAGUAUAGCUUUACGUGUAAGAAAUGUCAUCAGGCUUUUCAGCAAGAAAUAUUUUUAGUAAAGCACCAGUGUGGACGAUCAUUUCAGAAUGUCCUUACCACCUCCCACGUCGGUCAAUCAGCUCAAGAUAUCCCUGAAAUUGCAAAGAAGAAAUCUGAAAAUGAAUUAAAAUUUAAGUGUGAUAAAUGUGAGAAGGAAUUCUUUAAAGAGUUUAUAUUUAAGGUUCACUAUAGAAAACACUCGGGCAAAAGACCAUUCAAAUGCAAAGAUUGCAAGAUGAUGUUUAUUUCUGCUACACAUCGUAGAGUUCACAGAAGAAUUCACACAGGUGAACGACCAUAUAUAUGUAAACGUUGCAAUAAAGCAUUCAGAUAUAGAAAAAAAUUUCUCCAUCAUAUAAAAAUAUGCCAGGAAGUAGAAGUAAUGGAAACAGGGUCAUACAGAGGUAACCAAAAUGAGAUGACAAAUUUAAAAUCAAGUGGAAAUGUCUCAGAUAUUAAAGUUUGUGAGACAGUUGCCCCCCCCAGAAAUAAUUUUUCAUUGCAUAGAAUUAAGGAGGAACCCAAGGAAGAGUAUCAUAUUAAACCUGAGCUGCAAAAAACUGAAGAAAGAUGCAGCAUUAAAAUGGAGGAACACGUAGAUAUUUUUGAUGUUAGUGUAAUUCGGCAUGAAAAAAGUUUGUGUGUAAAACAAGAAAGCAGCUCUGGUGUUCAUCAUUUACAUGAUAAAGAGACAGAAAAUGUACAAACAAACAGAGAUAUUACAGAUGAAUUACAGAUCUGUGAAUCAUCAGAGACUGUAGAUGAUGUACAUGUAGAAGUACCUUUGGAAUUUCAAAUUCAGAAGAAAAAAUUUGAGGGAUUACUGAGGUGCAGUCAUUGUCCUAAAGUAUUUAGAUUUCAAAGUACUUUAAAUACUCAUGAAAGAAGUCACACUGGUGAGAAGCCAUUUGGUUGUUCAGUGUGUGAGAAAUCCUUUUCAAAAAAGAGUAACAUGAUCAUUCAUAUGAGGGUUCAUACAGGUGAACGGCCCUUCUUAUGUGAUCAUUGUGGUAAAUAUUUCACUUAUAAAUACAGUUUAAAUGCACAUAAGCGGCUUCACACACAAGAGCGACCAUUUAUAUGUGGUGUUUGUGGGAAAAGUUUUAGAUAUGAAGCUAGCAGACAUGUGCAUCUGAAGAGACAUGCUGGUGACAAGGCAUUUAAGUGUGAUCUUUGCCCUAAAGCCUUUGUCACAAAAAUUGACAUGGAAGAUCACAGACGAAGACACACUGGUGAAAAGCCAUACAGAUGUGAACAUUGUGAUCGCAAGUUUGCUGUUCGUCAUCACCUGACUGAACACCGGAGGUUACACACUGGUGAGAAACCUUUUAAGUGCCAAUACUGCACAAUAACUUUUGCUCAACCUAGAAGUCAAAAGAUCCACAUGCAGAAACAUCUGAAAAUGUUAGGACAGUUUUUAUGAGCUAUCUUUGUGUUAAAGCAAAACAGGAUUGACUUUCUUCAUAUUGAAGAAAUUGACUUGAGUUUAGACUCACAAAAUCAUAACAACACAAUUGCAAACAAACCAUUUUCGUGGAGUUUUACGACUCUCGCCAUGGGUUCUAAUCACACCUGUCCCCUGGGUUGACUUGGAUUUACCUAUAAUGUAAUUUUUUUGUAUUUAACACUCUGACCAUCUCCCACUGAGGUACCUUUGAUAUACCUUACCUUUGAUGAGUUUUGAGAGUCUUUCUAUUGUAACAUUCUCAUCCCUCUAGAGAUUAAGAUUAAGAGUCUUUAUUUCAGCAUGAUACAGUGUUUGUACAGAGGUGAAUGACAUUUAUGUGUGCAUGCAGAAAGCCCCUUAACACGCAGAGCAUUUCAGGCAGUGCAGACACUGUACUAUACUGUACUUAAUGCCACAGGAAACAAAGACACAUUACACUUUAUUAUAUAAACUGCAUUAAAAUAGAAAAAAUGCUAUGCAUGCAUAAAAAACUCACCUACACACAGUGCUCUACCUUAACCCUUAAACUCUCCAAACAUAGAUCUACGUUUGCAUGCGUAGUGCUCCGACCUUGAUUUUCUCCAUAAGAAACAAUACAAAAAACGUAGAUCUACGUUCGGAGCGCUUCACGAGCAAAUGUAGAUCUACGUUUGGACAGUUUAAGGGUUAAAUACAAACACAGAGACUGCACACUCGGUAAGCUUUCAAAAACAGUGAAAAGGAGACUCCUUUUAACUCUUAAUAAUAAUUAUCUACGGUAUACAGUGUUUUCCACUUAAUAAUGCAGUAUUAGCUUGGCUACACUUAAAAGAGAAUUUUGGGCUUGUGUAAGCAAAUAAAUAAUGUGCUUGAGAUGAUCAUCAGUUUUAUUUUU